UCAUGACUCUCCAGAUGUCUCUCCUCCCAAGAGAAGACGUCACGACUCUCCAGAUGUCUCUCCUCCCAGGAGAAGACGCCAUGACUCCCCAGACUUGUCACCACCAAGACAGUGUUCAGGAAAGUCAGAAAAAAUGCAAAGUAAAGAUUCAGCCUCCAACAAAAGCAAGCUCAGCUCAUCCUUGUUAAGUAAAAAACGCUCACCGGAUCCUCAUCGGUCAGCGGUGGCUAAGAAGGGUCAGAAUAGACAUGAUUCAGACUCGGAUCCGUCUCCCCCGAGGAAAAGGCCCCUGAAGGGAAACGCCUCAGACUCCGACCAAUCUCCCCCAAGGAGGCCCUCAAAAACUAAACGGGGCUCAGACUCUGACCAGUCUCCACCCAGGGGGCAGCCACCGAGUGGAAGGGACUCGGAUGGAGAUUUGUCACCACCUCGUAGGCCAGGCCAGUCACAGGGCCAAAGGAUGCUAUCUGGUGGAAAGGCAGGCCUGGUUUCUGUGGACAUUCUAAGGAAAGAGCAAAAGGAGAACAGACGCAGAGAAAAACACAAUCAGCCACUUGAAGAUGAAUCGCGUAACGCUCAGGCGAUUUUCAGAGACAAAAGUGGCAAAAGCAGGGAUCUGAAUUCAGAGAGAAAUGAACAGAAAAAGAAAGCUGGUGAAAAAGCGGCAACAGACGAGAAAUACGCUCAGUGGGGAAAACGGUUGGCACAGAUCCAGAUGCAUCACCAGAAACUUAAGGAAGCUCUGCGCGAAGCCCUUAAGCCACUUGAGGAUCUUGACCGCAUGUUGAGAGAACAGGAAAGAGAAGGCGAUCCUAUGGCUGCAAUGCGCAGGCGUAAAAAGGACCGUGGCACAAAAACACAAGAUAUUUAACUCAAAGAGAAGAGGACAGGAUUCUCCUGUCAAAAAGACCCGGCAUGACUCUCCAGACAUCU